UUAUAUGCAAGAACAUAGAUUUAAUUGUUCGAAUUAUAUGCUGUUUAACGUCCCUCUCGAGAUUUUUUACUCAUAUGGAUUUAAUAGUUCUUAGAGGCUUUCUUGAGGGUUCAUUUAAUUUAUUAAUGUUUUAUGUGCAUAUUUGUUUACCUAUGAAAAAUGUUUAGUUUCUUUAAAAAAGCACCAACACAGAAGGACAUGCCACGAUUCACCGAUAAAAAAGAAACUUUUUUGAUAAUAGAGAAGAUAGAGGAACUUCUAGGAGACCUUAAAUCAAAGAUCAGCAAGAACGAGUGUUCGAAGUGUGGAGUUGCUAUUGUUGAGGAAGAGGGGUCAGGUGACUGUUAUUACCCACCUCCACAAAAAUUUGAUCAAAAUUCGAAAGGAACUGGAAAAGGGCAAACAGAGAAAGAAAUUAUUGAUAAACAACGUAGAGGGAGCUACGAAACUGAAUUCUCGAGAGGAAAAACUUCCAAAGACUAUAUAAAACAACUAGAGGAAGAAAAGAAGUUUUUAAACAGUAAUUGUCAAAAGCUUAAAGAAGAAAACGAAAAGAGUAGUGAUGUAAUAGCUGAUCUGAGGGAAACCCUUUCAAAGAAUGAAAAUGAAAUUGCCAAUUUUAGAGUAGAGUUGAAAAAAUACAAAGAAAAUGCACAAAAUCUGAGAGACAUUAUUGCAAAAAAAGAAGAAAAAAUAAAAGCAUUAAAUGACACAAAUAAAGAUUUCGAAGAAGAAAAGGCAAAAUUGCUUCAAAGAAUUGAAUGUAAAGAAAAAGAAGGGAAAUAUCAAAAUACAAAGCUUGAAGAAUUGAGGAAACUGACAGAUAAAUAUACAGCUAAUAAUAAAGAGAAAGAAAGCCAGAUACAGAAAUUAAACAGAACCAUUGAAGAAUUAAGAAAUUCAAAUCAUCAACAUAAAUCGUCCCUAUCUGUCAAAGAAAGAGAAUUAAGCCAGGUAGAGGAGAGAUGUAGAGAACUGAAGGUCCAACUCGAAAUGAAUUCCAGAAAAGAAAUUAGUGUUGGAUUUCAUACAACACUUGCACCGGCCAUGUCUUCUCUUAUACUGGACGGACUGAUGAAAGAACUAAGUGGCCGCUUAGCGGUGGAAAAGGUGGAUCUGGUGAGACGGCCAUUUUCCGGAAGUACAGAUUUGAAUUGUCCUCUGCUGGCUAUCUGUGUCAAUGUGUCAAGGAUAGGGACGGAUGCUAAAGAAGUUCUGAAGGGAAUACCAAAAACUAGCAACUUCAAGGACGUUGCACUUUUGGUUUUCCAUCAUAAAGAGGCCCAUGCUCUACCAAGUCAGUCCAGUGACAAAAUUCUCACUGGAGCAGAUUUCAGUCAUCUUGGUACUAUUAUAGAUUUCGCUUUUCUAUCUCAGAGAGGAAUUUAUGAAUGUGACAUGAACAUGAUGGGUAUCGAACGAAUUGCAUCCUUCCUGCUACAGUACAAAACAAGGAAAACGUGAAACUUUGUCUGAAUUCCUAAAUGGGGCUUGGGGGGGGGGUCAACAAAUAAACCAUCAGAUAUAACUUUGUUUUAUGAUAAUGUAUCUUAGGCUGUCAACAAUCAUUUGGCAGAGAAAAAAUUCAUACAUUUUAGUUUUAAAUUUGGUCAUUUUCGUAUAUCUAUGAUACGAUCAUUAUAAUAGUCUAAAAUGGCCACAACGACCCAGCUCCCUUAAUCGGGGAGAAAGCCUUA